AUGACGCUCUUAAUGUUCAGCAGCGCCAUGUUCUUCGCUAUGCAGCCCGCAGGGCCCUGCAAAAACGCCUCCAUAGCGUACGAGUCCCUGGGCGCGCGACCGUCAGCCCAGCGAUCCGGGUCGAAGACCCCGGCAGUCUCGCCCCAGACCAGGGGGUUGAAGUGCGCGACGGCAGGGCAGAGAGUGACUUGGGUGCCCUUUGGGAUGAAGAUGCCACAGACAGUGACGUCCUCAGCGGCCUCGCGGGGCAAGAAGAUGGCUGAGUGGACAGCGGGUUAG